AGCCUUCUUUUCGUGGUAGGAAGGCCUUUACCACUCAAAAUGUGAUGGCAGCAGUAGAUUUUGACUUCCGCUUCACAUAUGUGUUGGCUGGUUGGGAAGGGUCCGCACACGACGCGACCGUCUUAGCUGAUGCAUUAACUCGUGAGAGAGGCUUACAAGUACCACCUGGAAAGUACUACCUAGUUGAUGCCGGUUAUGGAGCCAAGCCUGGGUUCUUACCACCUUUUCGUGGCGUGAGGUAUCAUUUGAAUGAGUGGGGCAACAAUCCGGUCCAAAAUGACAAGGAGCUAUUCAACCUUAGGCACUCAUCUCUACGGGUGAUGGUAGAGAGGGCUUUUGGAUCUCUCAAGAGGCGUUUCAAAAUUUUAGAUGAUGCCAAACCAUUCUUCACUUUUCCGGUCCAAGUUGACAUUGUUAUAGCUUGUUGUGUUCUUCAUAAUUAUGCACUAUCACAAGGGAUCGAUGAAUUCAUUAUACCGGAAGUGACAUGGACCACCCAACCAAUUCCAACAUCAAGGCAACAAUUAAGUGACAAUAGGGCCUUGGUAGACCAUAGGCUACAAAUUGCUGCCCAAAUGUGGGAAGAUAGGCAACUUAUGUAUGCCAAUUUAUGAGUGCAGUGCAUUAUGUAUUUGUAAUGUUUAUGCAACUACCUUUGCAUUCAUUUGAUGGCUGGACAGAUUGUGGUAUUUGUUAUGUCAAACCAUGUAUUUGUGAUGAUUUCAUCAUUUUUAUUGCAACAUUUUGAUGGCUGGACAGAUUGUGGUAUUUAUUAUGUCAAAUCAUAUAUUUGUGAUGAUUUCAUCCUUUUUAUUGCAACAUUUUGAUGGCUGGACUGAUUGUGGUAUUUAUUAUGUCAAACCAUAUAUUUGUGAUGAUUUCAUCCAUUCUUUUGCAAUUUUUUGAUGACUGGACAGAAAUGGACAAUGUUGAAGUUACCGCUGCAAGUGGAAACUCCGGGAAAAGUGGGGUCAUUGUAUGGACCACUUCCAUGACCAACAGUAUGCUAGGUUUUUUGGCUGACCUUGUUGCUAAAGGGAAGAGAACUUCUAGUGGAUUCAGGGAGACACAUCUUAAACAAUGUGCUGCUGUUUUAAACAAGCAAUUCAAGCUAACUAUCACCUCUGAUCAAGUUAGAAACCAUCUCAAGAAGUGGAGGAAGAUUUGGUUCAGGGUUGUCAAUUUGAAGAAUUUAAGUGGAGCUCUAUGGGAUGAAGAUACUUGCACAAUUAGGCUCAGCGAUAAGCACUAUGCAGGUCAUUGUAUGACCCACAAACCUGAUGCUCCCUUCUUGAAUAACCCAAUUGAACACUAUCAUGCUAUGGCGACCAUUUUUGGAACAACCGGGGCUAAAGGGAUGAAUGCAAGGUCUGGAAAUGAUCUCCUUUCUAUUGAUGUCGAUGAUGAGGAGAAUGGUGAGGUGAAUGGUGAGAUCAACACGUCACCACAAGUUGGUGAGUCUUCUGACCCCAAAGGACCACCAAAAAAGAAGGCCAAGGUGGUGAAAGUUCUAGAGGAUCCACUAGGUGCCAUUCUCAAAGAUGGGUUUAAACUUGUGGCUGAAGCUCUUGUGAAAUCUGGUGGAGAUGAUGAUGAUAUACCCGAUGACCUUUGGGAUGUAGUCUCUUGUUUGAAAGAAUUUGAUGAAGAGCACCUUGCCCAUUACUAUGCUCAUCUUGUUGACAACCCCAGGACUGCAAGGGCCUUCAUGAAGCUUUCCAAAACCAACAAAUCCGUUUAG